AUGCAGGCAAUUAAAAACUUGAUCUCUUUUCGUACUGUAAAAUCAAUACUUGCGGCUCUCAAAAUAACAUUUCUUCUUUGCAAAAACUUAGAUGUAGUCAUUAACACACCCAUCGGAAAGAUUGCCCAUGGUGCCAACAUAUUAGUCAGUUGGGAACUCACAGGACCCACGCCAAUGAUUCUUGGCUCUCUGCGUAUCCAGAACAAAGACACUGGUGAAUCCAUGAACAUUAAUGAUUCACUCGACUUAUCAAUUCGCAGACUUCAAUGGAGGGUAAGCGUAUCCCCUGGAACUUAUAUCCUCGCCAUUAAUGAUGGUAGUGGUGAAAAAUUCUCUGGUGAGUUUCAAGUUGUUCAAGGAAAGUCCCUCGGCAAAGGGGACAGCAGGGGCAAUAUGAAUGUAAGGGAAGGUACGACCAUUAGUCCGGUGCAAGGCAAAUUAAAUGAUCCGAGCAAUUCGAAACCACAAGGACCAGGGAUUUCCUUUGCUAAACCCGAGAGAGUCACCGCGACUGUUACAGCCAUGGCCCCUACGAAAACGGGAAAGAGUUCUGAUUAG